CAACACCCUCGCUUCCCACCCGGCGCCGGCUGCGAACAGCCAGCGAUGAACACUGGGGAUGACGCGUUGGCUUCGGAGAAUUGGCGCCUGGCUGCCAAGCUCUACACCAAAGAGCUGGCUGCAGCCAAGGAGAACUUGUCGACAGGCAGCGGCGACCUCUCCCACUUCGGCCUCGCGCUGGCCGGGCGCAGCGUGGCCUUCCGAGAGAUGGGCCGUGCACGAGCCGGGCUCCCUGCAGAGCCGAAGGUCUUGGCCGCCUCCCUGGCAGACGCACGCGCUGCGGUCUCUUUGGCCCAGCAGCUCACGUCCAACAGCACGCUCGCGCUCAAAGCAGCAGCGACCUCAAGACCCGAGGCUCGUGCAUUGAACGCGGCCCUGGCUGAAAGUGGUGAAGGGCCAAUGGAGGCCCAGCAGGCCUGUGAUGCCUUGGCAGGCCUUGGCUUCGAUGAGCCGGUGAAGCAUGAGCUUCGGCAGGUGGCCAAAGACGGCAUCGACACAGCAGGGCUUUGCGCUGAGAUGGAUGCUUCUGCCAAGGAUGGAGAGUCACCAGGCACUUUCCGGUGGCCUCGGCGCAUGGUGUUGCCAACCUUGCCUUCCGGCCCUUCCCUGGCAGCAGCUGUCACUGAGAAAGGCUGGGGGCCAUACUUGCGGCAGCGUGGAGGUGAACAGAUGGUGAACUUGGAGCGGAGCAAGUUGGCGAUGAUGCUGGACGCGCUGUCCUUUCCGCUCUCCUUGGCAUGGCUAUUGCUUCAAGAGCCUUUGGUCAGGAUCGCCAGCGGCACGCUGCACGUGGUGGUCUUGGGUGCCACCUCCAAAGCUGAGGUUCGCAUCCUGGAGGACUCCGACUAUUGGGAGGAGCUUGGGAGGGUGAUGGCGCCCCAGUGCAAGGUGAAGCUGCAUUUCGUGGGACCAGAGAUAUCGGCCGAAUCAGCGGAUGUCCACCAAACACAGCCACCCUGUGCCACGCAGUUCUUCCAGGCUCAUUCGGAUCUCAAUUCCUCGAAUACCAUUUGUGCUGUCUUCAACGGCGGCUUUGGUAAUUUCGUGUCCUCCGGCCGUGAUGAGCUCUUUCACAGCUGGCUUCAGGACUUGACUUUCCUGGCCGACCAGCAUGUUCUGUGCGCCUUUUUUUGUGCCAAUGAUUAUGCAGACCUCAAAGGGGAGGUGGCUGUGCAUCAGCUCCUUGGGAGCUGCUUCGCUUUGCGACCUCGUCAGAACCCCUUCGCCAUGGCCACAGUGUACUCGGGAGAGGAUUCCUCCGAAUGGUUCUCCGGCAACGCCUUCGUUUAUGCUGUGUGUGGCUUUGAGCGCUCGGCACGGAGGGUUGAGCUGAGCACCGCAGAGGUCCUGCAGAUUGCCCAGAGCGAUCACGCCAUCGUCCAUGAGGCCCCCUUGCCGGUGCGCCUUUUGGAGAGUGAGAGAAGUAGCUCAGGCAGCACAGGGGUGCCGCCGGUCUCGACCGUGGGGGAGAUGAAGCCCAUGGACGGCGGAUGGCGUUUCGAGGUGCCAUUGGCGGAUGCCUCAUGCAUGCAAGCCGCGGAUGUGCAAAUCUCCGACACGCAGCUGUCACUGGUCUUGGAAGGCCUACGCCGCGUGGUGCCUUGGCCGACACCGGUGGACUCGGCCUCCGCGCGAGCGAGCUUCUCUGCGAGGAGCUGCAAGCUGGUGGUCAAAGCGACGUCCCAAUAAGGAGAAAAAGAAAGGCUUUGUGGCCCUUGCUGCGCUGGCGGCGAAGAACGGUGUUGGCGGAGACCCACAUCUCGAUCAAUGAUUGCUGUAUCGCUGGGGUUCGGGACAACCCAGCACGGUGAAGAAUUCUUCAAGGUUUAGCUGGAAAAGAUCAAUUCCGCUCAACAACCAGAUGAUGAGGGACUUGGACC